UCUAAACGGGCAGAAGUGUAUUGGCAUCGCGUUUGGCUCUUCACUAAGUAUUUCUGGUUCAUUGUUGUUAAAAUCACCUAGUGUGAAGUUUAUAAUAUGGUGAAAAGCGUUCUUGAGGCAGAGAAUGCAUUAAUCUUUCAAGACAGGAUGAGUUAACUGUACUCUAUUGUACAGAACAUUUCCAGUGAACUGGUGAGGGAUUUAUUUCCCCUUUUUCCAGUUUGUUGACGAUACAUGCAGAGAUUGGAACACUGUUUUUUACCUAGCAUGAAAUAUAUAUCCCGAAUUUGGAGGGAGGGAAGAAGGAAACGGUAAAUAAAAUGUACUGCUGGUGUAGUCAUAGUUUAAGGUUACUAAAAUAGCAUUCCUGUUUUACAGAUUGUGUUGUUACUUUUCAAAUGAUACGCACUAUUUCUGCUUUGUGGUUACUGUCAGGUUUCUAUGGGUUGUACAGGCUAAAUGUUUUUUAAAUAUCAAAUUAAGGUUUAAAACAUUUCAGAUAGUUGAGUGUCUGUAGCAUCCUAAGUCUGGCUUUGGAUGAGGCUGCAAUAUAUGUAGUAACCAUUGUGACCACUGAACCCUUAAAUGCACAAUACACAAACAUCACCACUGUUUUCAUGAGGAUAGUGCACAACUGGACUGCCUUGCAAAUCUUACUUCUGGUUUUGAGGUGGUAUAUGAUCUAGCUCAGCAUUAGUUCAGUAUUUGGAGUCAGUUUGAAACACAAGUAGGCCUAGUGGAUAUACAAAUUUAAAUAUGUGCAGAAUUGUGGCUUUUGCAUAUAUCUGCAGACUCUCUGCUCCUGAUGUGUGCUUUGAUUUAGCAAGGGAAGGAAGACUUUAAGGAGAAAAGCUUUGCAAUGCAUCACACAUUGCUCCUCACUCAAACCAAAUUAUUUUUCUCCAAAUUUUAUUGCUGUCACUGGGCAUAAAAGUUAAGAUUUUUUUUCUUUAGUCUUUUGAGUUACAAGCCAGAACUUCCCUAUAUUUGCAACCCUGCAGGAGAAGAGUAUUGAUAUUUAGAACGUGGGCCUGAAUUAUCAAUUGCAUUUGUUACGAAACACAGGGUACUUAAUGAUUUACCAUUGUUUCUGGUAUAGGUUGAGUUAUUUAUUUCUUUUUUCUACUGGACUAAAUAUGAUCAAGACUGUGGCUGUUACAGCAUCUGAUGACAACAUGAACAUUUAAUUCAAAUCUGCAACUUAAGAACAGACUUACAUACCUAGGCUUAUUCUUCCCUGUCAUCCCUGUGCUACUGUGGCAAGCAUCAACUUGUCCUUGCUUCUGGUUACCUUGUUUGAAGGAAUCAAAUCAUGGCUGAUGACUCUCAGAGAAACUUUCGCUCAGUGUAUUAUGAAAAAGUGGGGUUUCGUGGAGUUGAAGAAAAGAAGUCACUGGAAAUUCUGUUAAAAGAUGACCGGUUGGAUAUUGAGAAGCUUUGCACAUUUAGUCAAAGGUUUCCUCUCCCAUCCAUGUAUCGUAUACUGGUGUGGAAGGUGCUUUUAGGAAUUAUUCCUCCUCACCAUGAAUCUCAUGCUUUGGUGAUGAAGUACCGGAAGGAGCAGUACUGGGAUAUACACCAUGCUCUCUGUGUAAUUCGUUUUAUUAAUGAUUCUACCCCACAGGUAGAUGUUUUCCUCCGCAUACAUCAACUGGAAUCAGGAAAACUGCCUCGAAACUUGGCUUUUCCAUUGGAACCUGAAGAUGAAGUGUUUCUCGCUAUUGCUAAAGCAAUGGAGGAAAUGGUGGAGGAUCCUAUAGAAUGCUAUUGGCUUGUCAGUUGCUUUGUGAAUCAGCUAAACAGCAAGCACAAAGAUUCCUUACAGCAAUUGCCAAAACUUCUGGAGCAGUAUUUGAAUAUUGAAGACAACCGACUGCUGAUGCAUCUAAAAGCAUGUGCUGCCAUGAGCAAACUCCCUUAUGAUCUUUGGUUUAAAAAGUGUUUUGCAGGCUGUUUACCUGAGUGCAGUUUACAGAGAGUUUGGGACAAAGUUAUAAGUGGGUCCUGCAAGAUUCUUGUUUUCGUUGCUGUGGAGAUAUUACUAACCUUUAAAAUGAAGAUAAUAGCACUGAAUACUGCAGAAAAGAUCACACAGUUUUUGGAAAAUAUUCCUCAAGAUAACACUGAUGCUAUUGUCAGCAAAGCUGUUGAUCUGUGGCGCACACACUGUGGGACUCCAGCACACUCAGUCUGAGAACGUCCUUACUUAUGACAGCUUGGGGAAAAAAAAAGACAUUUAAAAGGACAUUCUACCACUCUUCCCCUAUCCUAGUGUGAUGUUCUUCAUUACCUCUUUUAUGUAAAGAUGCUGCUAAGGCAGCUAAUAGCAUGGUGAUCAAUAUGUAAAUAUUUUUCAAUAAAUACAGAUGGCAUAAAGAUACCUA